CUGUUGUCACUGGGCCAGGCUUUAUGUGUGAUGUUGCUGUACUUGAUGGGCUGGCAGUCCUUGAUGUGCCUGAGGCUGUGCUGAGGGCCAUGCUGUAGGGCUGCAGAGGCUCGCUGGGGUAGAGCUCCUGGCCCCGCGGGCCACCUGCAGCAAGCCAAGCACCGUCAACAUGGCUGCCAGGACCAUCCCAACCUCCACUCGUCCUGAUCCCUAUCUGAGGGUCAGGCCUGCCCUGACCCCCGCCCAUGUGUUCAAAACUCGGAAGUCCAUGGUUAAAGUCGCUGCCAGAGAGUUACUAUUAUAGGCAGUUGUUGCCACAUUUUGGCAUGCUCUAACCAUGUCUGCUACGUCACAAGUAAGUGCAUGGCAAACAGUGAGCAGUGCUAUUCUACAGUCCUCAUUCGCAUUUGUAAAAGCAAUCUGCUGCAACAGGAUAACUCUGGCUUCCUCAUUGUUGACUUGUCGGGAUAGUGCAGCUUGCAGUUUGCCCAGGAACCGCACGAAUGAUUUCACUGGACCCUGUAAAAUCUUACCAAAAGACAUGUUAGAAUUGAUACCCAUUCCCAGGAGUCGCUGCAGGGCCUACAGGCCUACAGGGCCUACAGGGAGGGUGAUGAUGCCACAUAUGUCUUGCGGGUAGCCUGCUUGUGCUGAAGGGACUGCAAAGGCACCCUCUCCAGUCAGCUGCACAGCCGCGAUUGGUGGAUUGCUUUCCUGCCGCACUUCUGCACACAGGAUGUACACAGCUCUUGCAGGAAAGAAUUUCGUACACACCUCCAGCGAGCCCGGUACCGAAUUAUUCUUCGUCACCACUACAUGUCCCAGUGGCUCAAGCAGUCAGGAUGGAGGAAGACACCGUCAGACUGCCAGCACACCUGCGUGAGUGUCAGCACGAGGAAGACACUGUCAGACUGCCAGCACACCUGCGUUUGCAGCCCGUGUACUGGAGCAGGGAAGAUGUGGCACAGUGGCUCCGGUGGGCGGAGAAGGAGUUUUCCUUGAGGCCCAUUGAGAGCAACACCUUUGAGAUGAACGGCAAAGCUCUGCUGCUCCUGACCAAAGAGGACUUUCGAUACAGAUCCCCUCAUUCAGGUGAUGUUUUGUAUGAACUCCUUCAGCAUAUCCUGAAGCAAAGGAAAGCUCAUAUGCUCUUCACACCCUUCUUCCAUCCUGGGAACUCUAUCCAUACUCAGCCAGAGGUCACAUUGCACCAGAAUCAUGAUGAAGAUAGCUUUGUGCAUAGACCUUCGAGGCCAUCUGCAGAAGCAGUCCACCACAGCACCCCAACCAUUGAACUGUUGCAUCGCUCGCGGUCGCCCAUCACCAACAACCACCGUCCAUCGCCAGACCCCGACCAGCGGCCACUGAAGUCCCCCAUGGAUAGCACCUUCCGUCGCCUGUCCCCGGCCGACAGAGUGCCAGGGACAAGGCACCAGUAUGAGAACAACCAGCAGGAGCCCUAUCCUCUCUCAGUGUCCCCAGUAGAAAACAACCACUGCCCGCCUCCUUCCGAGGUGCUCCAGAAGCCUUCCAGCCCUCGCCAGGAGAACACCAGGAUCAUCCAGCUGAUGCCCAGCCCUAUCAUGCAUCCUUUGAUACUGAACCCCAGGCACUCCGAUUUCAAACCACCGAGGUUGUCUGAGGAUGGGCUGCACAGGGACGUCAAGCCCAUCAACCUGUCGCACCGAGAAGAGUUAGCUUAUAUGAACCACAUCAUGGUGUCUGUCUCCCCUCCCGAGGACCAUGCGAUGCCAAUCGGCAGGAUAGCGGACUGUAGGUUGCUUUGGGAUUAUGUUUAUCAGCUGCUUUCUGACAGCCGGUACGAAAAUUUCAUCCGAUGGGAAGAUAAGGAAUCCAAAAUAUUUCGGAUAGUGGAUCCCAAUGGGCUGGCUCGUCUGUGGGGAAACCACAAGAAUAGAACAAAUAUGACUUAUGAGAAAAUGUCCAGAGCCCUACGCCACUACUACAAACUAAAUAUUAUCCGGAAGGAGCCAGGACAAAGGCUUUUGUUCAGGUUCAUGAAGACCCCAGAUGAGAUCAUGAGUGGCCGGACAGAUCGCCUCGAGCACCUUGAAUCCCAGGAACUGGAUGAACAAAUAUACCAAGAAGAGGAGUGCUGAAGGAAACAGGUGCACCACCUCUGUGGGUCCAGGGGAGAAACAUCUGCCUGAUGGUCGGCACGGUUUGGGAGGGGAAGCAUCAACACAGGAGCAGUACUUGAGGUCACUGCUUAGCUUGAAGACCACACAGGACCUGAAGCACCUUAACAAACCUAACUAACCGGCAGAAGUGGUGCUGGCAGGAAAGCAAAGGGGAGAAAGCCUGGACUUACGCACUACUUCACUGUUCUACAAAGUCUCCCUUGAGUUUUUUUCUUUUUGGCUUGUUUCAGUUUUGGGGGUUUUUUGACUUUUUUUUUUCCCUAAUAAACAUGCAGUUUGACUUUCCUUAUCUCACAUGGGACAAGACAUCAGAUUAUGCUUCUUCUUUUUUGGUUUUUUGUUUUUAGAAGGCUUUCCUAUGGAAAUAGAGUGCUCUUAUUUUCUGUGCAAGUCUCAUGACACAACACUGCAUAAACAAUAGCAACACAGAAGGGAUUUGCUCAAGGCUUCCAGUUUGCUUGGAUCAAUUUAUAUGUGCUGCCACUGGGAAAUGUGUUGAAGCUACCAAAAGAAUUUCUCACACAUACCUGUCAAAUGAAGAGAAGACACCCUUCACAUGUAGGCUGGGCUGUCAUCCCCGCAUAGCUUGGGCUCACAAAGAGUACUCCGAGUGGCUGUUAACUGCUGGAAUAUGGACCAAAACCAAUCACCUAAGUGCUCCAGAGAGGAGAAAAAUAAAUGUGACAAACCUC